ACUGACUGCAGCCUGCUUCCCCUGUAGCAGACCACACCGGAUCUGGGAUUAUAGAUCAAGAGACCUGACCUGCUUGCAGCUGAACUCUUUGUUCCAAAUUUUAAAGACUGUCAGCACAACUCCAGAAGGGACUGGGCGAUUAGUCCCUCUCCAACAAUUCCCAUGGCGGAACUGCUUGCUUGCAUCAGUCCCCUGACUGCUCAGGCCAUGUUCUUGUCUAACCGAGGGACAGUGGGAGGAUUCUUCCUGGCUGGACGUAAAAUGGUGUGGUGGCCGAUUGGUGCUUCUCUGUUUGCCAGUAACAUUGGCAGUGGGCACUUUGUGGGUUUGGCAGGCACAGGAGCGGCUGCAGGGAUCGCCAUUGCAGGAUUUGAAUGGAACGCCCUGAUAAUUGUAUUUGCUCUUGGCUGGUUGUUUGUACCCAUCUACAUCAGGGCUGGGGUGGUGACGAUGCCAGAGUAUCUCAAGAAGCGCUUUGGUGGCCGACGGAUUCAGAUGUAUCUGUCAGUCCUUUCUCUGCUCCUCUAUAUUUUCACCAAGAUCUCGGCAGAUAUGUUCUCUGGAGCUAUAUUUAUCCAAAUGGCCAUGGGGCUAAAUCUUUAUUUGGCAAUAAUCAUACUGCUGGCUGUUACUGGUCUUUACACGAUCACAGGUGGCCUUGCUGCUGUGAUUUACACAGACACUUUACAGACCAUCAUCAUGCUGGUGGGAUCCUUUAUUCUCACAGGAUUUGCAUUUGCCAAAGUAGGAGGAUAUGAGGCCUUUAUGGAGAAAUAUAUGAAUGCAAUUCCAGGAAACACCUCAUAUGGAAACGUUAACAUUGACCCAAAAUGCUACACCCCUCGGGCAGAUUCUUUCCACAUCUUCCGAGACCCAAUCACUGGAGACCUGCCAUGGCCGGGGCUUACCUUUGGCUUGAGCAUCCUUGCUUUGUGGUACUGGUGCACAGAUCAGGUUAUUGUUCAGCGAUGUCUCUCAGCCAAGAACAUGUCCCAUGUGAAGGCCGGCUGUGUCAUGUGUGGGUACCUGAAGCUGCUGCCCAUGUUUGUGAUGGUGAUGCCUGGGAUGAUCAGUCGAAUUCUGUACACAGAUAUGGUGGCUUGUGUCGUGCCCUCAGAAUGUGAGAAAUACUGUGGCACCAAAGUUGGCUGUUCAAACGUUGCUUAUCCAAAAAUGGUGGUGGACCUUAUGCCGAAUGGUUUGCGAGGUCUGAUGUUGUCAGUCAUGUUGGCCUCUCUCAUGAGCUCCCUGACUUCCAUUUUUAAUAGUGCUAGCACUCUGUUCACCAUGGACAUCUACACCAAAAUACGAUCCCGGGCAACUGAGAGAGAGCUCAUGCUGGCUGGAAGGUUAUUUAUUUUAGCUUUAAUUGGUAUCAGCAUUGCUUGGAUUCCUGUGGUGCAGUCAGCUCAGAGCGGGCAGCUCUUUGAUUAUAUACAGUCUAUCACCAGCUACCUGGGGCCACCCAUUGCUGCUGUCUUCCUGCUUGCUAUCUUCUGUAAGAGGGUCAAUGAGGAGGGUGCUUUCUGGGGCUUGCUCAUUGGACUGGUAGUUGGACUGUCUCGAAUGAUUGCAGAGUUUGCCUAUGGUCCUGGAAGCUGUGUAAACCCCAGCAACUGUCCAAAGAUAAUUUGUGGAGUUCAUUACCUUUACUUUGCUAUAAUCCUUUUUACGAUCUCCACCAUCAUCAUCCUGGGUAUCUCACUGAUAACUAAACCUAUUCCUGAUGUACAUCUCUAUGGCUUGUGCUGGACUCUGCGGAACAGCGAGGAGAAGCGUAUUGACCUGGAUGCAGAUGAGAGGAUUGAGGGACUUGAGAGUAAAGAUGAUGAAUCAGAAGUUGGCGAUGAAGGACAAGGGAUCUUGAAGAAGGCCUACAACUGGUUCUGUGGCUUCGAUCAGAAAAAAGGGCCCAAACUGAGCAAAGAGGAGCAGGAAGCAAUGGAGAAGAAACUGACUGACACUUCCGAGGUGCCAUUCUGGAGAAAUGUUGUGAACAUCAAUGGGGUCGUUCUGUUGGGUGUGGCUGUAUUCUGUCAUGCCUUCUUUGCAUAAAUCCAACCUUAUGCUCCAGAGUUUUUAUGAAGGUCUAACUCAAGUUCAUUUUCCUUUUGAAUUUGCACUGUAUUCUUCAAAAGAUAAACAACACUACACUAGAUCCACGUAUCAGACUAGUUAGCUGAGAUUUAAUUCAUUACAUUGAUUUAUUCAUUGUUAUUUUUAAGAAGUUGGUGAAACUAGUUUGAUUUCUAUGCCCCUUUUUUCUUAAUUUCCCUAAAGUGAUCCCAGGUUUUCUUUAGUUCAGCUAUAUGGAGGGCUGUGCUAUAGAUUCAGGAUGAAUGAAUCCUUUCAAAAUAUAGGCUGCCUUAUGUAAGUUCCCUAUGCAUGACAUUUUAUUGAUGUAUUCCUUUGAUACUAUAGCUGUGUUUUUUUUUUCAAUAAAAUUUUUCUGUCUCUA